GGCUUUCCCUUUCUCCAAUCAGGCAUGCGUUUGUUGCAAGGCCGGUUGUGAAGGGGUAGCGUCUGUGAGUGGAGAUGGCCACGGCAGCGGGGCUGGUCCCAGUCUGGCUCUAGUCUCCUCUCCUCAGCCUGCGCUUAUGGCGCUUAGUUUCAGGCGAGGCCGGAAGGGCCCCUUUAAACAUAUAGCUCAUGGCCUGGUCCCUGCUGCUACCAUAGCUCCUAAACCUGCAGUUCCCCGCACCCCUCCCCCUCGUAGUCCAAACCCUUCUCCAGAAAGGCCCAGAUCUGCCCUAGCAGCAGCUAUUCUAGUGACAACUUUAACUGGGCGUACCGUUGCUAUUCCCCAGCCUCGUCAACGAUCACUUUCUGAAAGUGAUACCAGCUGUUUGGAACAAGAGUGUUUUAUUGAGCCCUAUGCCACAGUCACUGAGCUCAAACUGGGGCCCAAUUGGAAGCAUGAUGAUAGUGAAAGAUCUCCUGUGCAGUCACUGGAUGUGUCAGGCAAUCUUUGUGAAGAUGAGGACAUGGACACAUAUCUUUCAGAGACAGAAAAAGAGCCAGAGCACAACUAUCAGGGUACAGAGAAAAGAGAGGAAAGCUUCAGCAAUGAUGCUAUUUAUGCUGUUCCCUAUAAAAAUAAAAAGGUAAAGCUUCCAGUAUCUUCUAGUGUUGAUCUUGAUGAGAAUGAAAUUUCAUCCCAUGAAGCUGCAUUUCCGAUUUUAGUAGACCAGUCAAAUAUACAAGUGGAAGAAGAUGAACCUCCUGUUUUGAAUUUAAAGGAGCAAAAACUGGCAGUUGAAAAUCCACUAAGCGAAAAGCCUCCACCGUCCCCAGAUGUAUCUGUUCGGGCAAGACAAGGACAGAUGGAGACAACUAAAGAGAAGUUCCAAGAACUAAAAAAAGAAAAUUGGUCUCUAAUCAAUGCAAAUCAGACUAUGGCCCUACAACUUGAGGAACUAAAACAACAAAUAAAGGAACUACAGUUAAAACUUAAGACACUGGAAAAAGAAAAUAAAAAAUGUAGAAAAGCUGCAGAAAGUUCACAUAAGGAAGAAGAAGUUGCAGAAUUGCUUUCAUUGAGACAACAAGCUCAGGAACUGGUAGACGAAAAUGAUGGUUUGAAAAUGACUGUCCAUCGUUUGAAUGUGGAAUUGAGUCGCUAUCAAACCAAAUUCAGGCCGUUGUCCCAAGAUGAGAAUAUAAAAAUUGGAGGUCUGCCAACGAAAGGGCCACCCCCUCCCUGGCUGCUGGAUAUGAAAUACUUGUCACCUCUCCUAUUGGCAUAUGAAGACAGAAUGCGAGAAAAGGAGGAUUUAAAUCUUGCACAUGAGGAGGACAUGAAGAAGUUUAGGAUACGAGUUGAAGAAUUGGUGAAGGAGAAUGAACAACUGCACCAGCAAUUAAAUAAAAAUAGUUCCAUUACCCUGAAGGAAUGGCAGCAGCUGCAAACUCAGGCAAAGCUGGUUUUGGAAGAAAAUGGAGUGUUGAUGGAGCAACUUGAAAUUCAGCAGGCUAAAGCAAAGGAGAGUUACAACCAACAUCUUCAGGAAGUUUCAAAAUUGACCAAACAGCUAAUGGUUUUGGAAGUUAAGAAACAGAGCCAGGAAGAGGAGAUAUCAGAGAAUCAGAAGCAGCUGAAGUCUUUAUGCUCCACAUGUGAAGAACUGAAAGCAAAUCUGAAUGGCAGAGUAACAGCAGAGGAGCAUGUUGCUUUGGUAAAUGCAUUAAGAAGUCAGUUGCAACAGGAACAGGAAAAGCAAAGUGCUGAGCUGCAAGAUCUAAUGGAAAGGCUAGCAUCAUUGCAAGCACAGAAAAAGAGCCUGCUCUUAGAGAAAAAUGACCUAGUUGCUGAAAACAAGAUCCUGGAAGCUGAGCUGAAAAUGGCACAAAAGACAAAUAGGAAAUCACAGAAGAAAAUAUGUCUUCUGAAACAGCAGUUGGGAGAAGCAAUGGAAAAGGAAGUGGCAGCUCAUCAGUACUUAGCAAAUCUUAUUAGCUUGGCAGAGAAUAUAAGUCAGGAACGUGACCAUCUUAUACAUUUGGUGCCACAUACCAAGUCAAAAUGUCAUUCAGUGACUGAGCACAAAGCUCAUAUUUUUGUGAUGCUGGCCAAAUGCUUGGAAAGUGAGAAGCAUGGAGUUCUGAACAAAAUAAUAGAAGGGAAUGUACGCUUAGGAAGAUUAGAAGAGAAGGUUCGGGUAUACAAAAAGAAAGCUGCUGGGAAGCUUGGAGACAUCAAUCUCAAAAUGACGGCGCAAGAGAAGGAAUUUGCUGGGAAGGCUUCUCAGUACCAGCGUGAAAUGAAGCACCUCCAGCGACUGCUGCAAGACAAGCAAGAAACCCUUGAUGAAGUGCUGCAGCAGAAAAGAGAAGUGGAAGGUGAACUUGAAAUAGUUUGGGAAUCUACCUCCAAAGAGAACCGGAGAAUGAAAGAAUUCUUGCAUAAAUCUCUGGAGAAGAAGAACAUGUGGAGCACUGUCCGAGUUUAUGAAUCAUAUUUAGAUGAAAUCUCUCAGAAGGACUUUAUUUCUGGAUAUGAUUUUAGCUACUGUGAUGUGAAACCAUCAUCACCCACAAAAAAUCAAAGUAAACAGGAACCUCCGUGUUAAGGCCAAAGGUGCCUCUACGUCUUGCACAAGAAAAGAUGAUCCCAAAGAAACAAAACAAGAAUGGCUCUACAUCUGAAUUAGACUCUCCUCAACCACAAAAUAUAUUACAACAAAAAAGCAUUUAUGCUCCUUGAUACUGAUAUAUACGUUAACUGGAAUUGAUAAUAGCAUAUUCUCGCUCUCGUGGAGUUAUAUUUUUAGUAUAGAUUUUAAUAUUAUUGAUGUCAUUUUAUAAAAGGCCACUGCUAAUCCAGUAGAAAUGUAGUAUAGCACUAGUCACGACUCUAAAGCCGGCAGUACUUAUCAAAUUAAAGGGAUAAAUAAUUGCAGAGCAUGGCAUUCUAAUUGCCAGACUCAGAGCACAUAAAUCCUAGGGUUACUAUUUCCUAUUCAUUUGUUUUGUAGCAGAGACUCUCCUAUAUGGUAAAUAAUGCUUACGUUUUUAUAUGGUUUAAUUGAAAUGCUAGUAGUUUUCAUCUAUAAAAAUCCCAUACAGUUGUUUAAGUAUCCAAAAUGUGGAGAUUUAAUCAAACAAAAUACAUAGAAAACAUCUGCAAUGUCUAAUCUUUAUUUCACUGUUUGUAAAGUACUUUAAUAUCCUUGGAUGCAAAGUGUUACUAUUAGGAUUGAUUGUCUUACAGAAUCUCUGCCCACUACCUGGAGAAAGAGAGAGGAAGUGCCAACGGCGUAGGGAAUUUGGGGACAAGGCAGGGGCAAGUUAGUGGCACCACAUCCCCUGCUACCUCACAGACAUCCAAGUGGGAGUUAGUCCUGCUUGAAUCCAUGACUGCUUAUGAAUAGUUAUAGAGGGAUCCAACCAGCAGCAGCACAUUUCCUGAUGGAGUUGUGCUGCCAAGGGGAUGGAAAAUCAGAAGAGGCAUGAGUCAUCCCCAGGAUCAGGCGGCUUUGCCCUCUGCAAAUUCAACAGCAUCUGAAACCACUUCCCCUUUAAGGGAAAAUUUGCAGGGAACCCCUCAAUUUUUUCCGCUCUAGCUAGACCCCUUCACAGAGUUCGUUGCAGCAGGGGGAAGUCUGCCCCAUUAGUAUGAUACGUUUAUUGUCAUAUUUGACAGCAAUUGCACAUUGUAGUAACCAAAGCUCAAAGUUGGUAUAAAGUGAAGGGUUUUAUUUCACAAUUUAUACAAGUAUGUUUGAUCUUUCUGCAAUUUUUUAGCUUGCUGCCUAAUUUUAUUACCCUAGCUAAAGAACUGACAACUGUUUGUGAACUGAAAACAAAAAAGUGAAAACAAUACUUCUUAAAUGUGUAAAUCUACAACAUAUAUAAUCUCGUAUUGCUUGUUGACAGGAACUAAACAGCAAAAAUAAAAUUAGGGAAACAAAGGUCCCUUAAAAUGAACAUAAAAAAAAGAAAAUGUACUCCAAUUGGUGUGGAUCUGAGAGAAUUCACUAUUUACUAGAGUCUUCUACUUCACAUUAAGGGCCUCACUUAGGAAAGCAUUGGUAUUCAGGAAGGAGGGCUUAAACAAGGGUGAAAAGAAAAAUGUACAAGCAGCAGAGUUUACACGCCAAAAUAGAGAUGAACCACGGACUCCAUGAAGUCCAAUAGCAAAGCGUCUAGUGAUUUUUGCAUGGAAGGUGCUCAGAUACUAGUGAGGGUGGACAUAUGGAACACUAUGGGUAUGUCUACACUGCCAAAAAACUCUAGGUAGCAUGUCUGAGAGACCUAGUCAAGUGACUUGGGCUCAUGCUAUGGAUCUAAAAAUAGCAGUGUAGACACUGCCUCUUGGGCUGGAACUCAGGCCUCUGAGACCUGCUCUGCUUUGCCCGGUUUCAAAGCCUGAGCAGGAAUGUCUACACUGCUAUUUUUAGUCCCAUAGUGCAACCCCAGUAAGCCCAACUCUGUUGACCUGGACCUAAGACUUGCUACUGCAGGGGUUUGGGUUUUUUUUUUGCA